GAGGAAGGAAGAGCAGCGGGGAGACCAUUGUGUUGGACCUCGGUGAAUUCACAUGCAGGAAAUCCAGGAGUAUGUCAGAGACAUUAUGUUCACAGAAGGAAGUAGUCGUGGCAGAGUGGACGCAAGACACUAGAGACACAACACUGACAAAUAAACCUCAUUCUACAGCCAGCAGCGGCAUACAGCAGGAGGUCAAAGUCCUGUAUCCACACCUACUCUGUCUACAGAGGCUACAGACGAGGAGACGAGCUGGAUAGGAGCAUCAGUCUUCUUGAGUUCUUCCUGCUACAGUGACAUGGAGCCUACAGCACUGCAUAUACUCUGCCUUGCAUCUGUAUUCACACUGACAACACAAGAGCUGGUGGGCUUGAGGGUGAGUCCCAAGAUCACGGCAGAGUGCGGCAAGCAGGUGACGCUGCAGUGCAACGUGUCCUCAUCUCUAAAUGGACUAUCAGUCAAACAUAUGGAGUGGUCCCACUUAUGUUCUGUGAACAGUGAAGGGAACAUUUCAUACAGCAGAGGUACAUUCGGUGACUUCUACUGCGAGUACGAAGAAGGACAGUUGUCUCUCGUCUUUCGAACAAUACGGCCGGAUCUGGAGAGCAGAGACCCAAAGACCUACAGGUGCAAGCUGCAAUCCAACAAGGGUGCUCCGCAUGAAUACACCACUGUGGAGUUAGAAGAAUGUGGCGGGACUGUGCACGGUGUUUUAAGAACUGAUGGUCCCUCUUGUACCUUCAACCAUGUCCACCCAGACGGAGAUGUGCACUGGUUUCUUGGCUCCAAGAAUCUCUCCGAUGGGUCUGCAAAUCACAACACCACUAAACGUGUAGAGAACGGGGGAUGGCUCACGAUCCACAGUGACCUGGAGUGGAAAAAAGGUUCAGAUGAGCCCUUCAACUGUUCCUUGUGGAGCACCAAAUCUGGAAGAUACAUUGCAAGUACAUUGAUUCAGAAGGCAGAGGUCAAAGGGCUAACGGGCACAAAUGGUGUCAGACCGCAGGAAUCCAUGGUGGCAUUUCUGUGUGUAUCAGUCUUGCUCGCUGUCAUGCUGUUAUAGCUGAUUUGGAAAAGUAAUUCUGUAUCAGGGAGCAUGUACGAUUUCAGUUAAGUUGACACUUCACUAUACGAAACAGUGAGGUACUGACAUUCAGGACAAAGAGCUCUCAGUAAAGUGAGUCAUCAUGCAUGGUCCAUAGAUGCAGUACUCUUCCUUUUAAUCCCCGACAGAGUGUUGAGAGGUGAUAACAAGGGAGUCGAUAAGCAUUACACUGUAAACAAGGAAAGAGACUUGGUUUUAUUUCGAUGGAGUCAAAGAUGAGGAAACAGGACAUAACACAUUCAUUAAUAAUACCCCCCCCCCCCCUAACACACACACACACACACACACACACA